GGAGGCACCCCCAGGAGGCGCGCGGGGGAAGGGCUAGGGAGCGGCGCGAGUGGUCCCCCGGCCGGUUGCCCAGGAUUUGCUGCUGUCUCUGCUGCUCUAUCCUUCCCACAGAGGCCCUCUCCCCUCUCCUAUCUCAAGAUGGCAGCCAGCAGCUCUGAGGUCUCUGAGAUGAAGGGGGUAGAGGAGGGUCCCCAGACCCAGGGAGAAGGGCCUGGCCAUUCUGAAGCUGGAACUGGUCCUCCCCAGAUCCCAGCUGGGGUCCCAGAUGAGCCAGAGACCCUGCAGCCAGGACCAGACAUCACUGGGGCCCCUGUGGACCCAGAGCCCAAGGCUGGGCUGGCUCCAGAAACCACAGAGACCCCAACCAUGGCCCCAGAAACAGCUCAGGCCAGAGACCUCAGCUCAAGCCCAGGAGGGCAAUCAAAGGCCAACUCCAGCACCGAAGAAACAUGCCAAGAGCUACCAUCCAAACCAGAAGUGAGCAAAGAGGCCACUGCAAACCAGGGGUCCAACCUGGAAUCCGCAGCCCCACUUGAGCCAGCCUCAGAGCCUGCUCCCCAGCCAGACCCCCAGCUGGACCCCCAGCCAGACCCUCAGCCAGACCCCCAGCCAGCUUCCCAGCCCACCUCCAAGCCAGUCCUUCAGCCAGAGCCCCCUACCCAGGAGGACCCCACCUCUGAGGUCCUGACUGAGAACGUGGGAGAAAAGCAGGAGAAUGGGGCAGUGGUUCCCCUGCAGGCUGGUGAUGGUGAUGGGGAAGAGGGUCCAGCCCCCCAGCCUCACUCACCAUCCUCAACAAAAACCCCCCCAGCCAAUGGGGCUCCACCCCGUGUGUUGCAGCAGCUCGUUGAGGAGGAUAGACUAGGAAGGGCUCACAGUGGGCAUUCAGGAUCUCCCCGAGGUAGCCUGAGCCGCCACCCUAGUUCCCAGCUGGCAGGGUCUGGGGUGGAGGGGGGUGAAGGCACCCAGAAACCUCGGGACUACAUCAUCCUCGCCAUCCUGUCCUGCUUCUGCCCCAUGUGGCCUGUCAACAUCGUGGCCUUCGCUUAUGCCGUCAUGGUGAGCCCCAAGGGACCCUGGCCCAGGCCUGCUGUGGCUCCCAGCUUCCUGCCAGUGAUGGGACAGAGCCCCAGGAGUAACCUUGCCUUCCCUCCCCUCUCUGCAUGGACCUCACUUCCCAAUUACAGGGCCUUUCCUUGCCUCUUCCUAGGAUUUCACCUUCUGAGCCCUACCCCUUCAGGUGGGAGGGACGUUGAGACAUUUCACACAGCCUUACUGAUCUGUGCCCUCCUCCUGCUGCCUCUCCAAUCCCCUUCCUCCCUUAACCACUGCUACCAACUGGCCUGUCUCCUCUGGACGACUCUCACACCUGAUCCCGGCUGGGCUGGUGCCCCCACCCCUCACCCUAACCCCAGUCCCGGAACAGCCUGCAGCAGGGGGACGUGGAUGGGGCCCAGCGUCUGGGUCGCGUGGCCAAGCUCUUAAGCAUCGUGGCGCUGGUAGGGGGGGUCCUCAUCAUCAUCGCCUCCUGCGUCAUCAACUUAGGCGGUGAGUGGGGGUCUGGGACAGGC